AUGCACAGGCGCCAAGUGACUCCAGAGUAUAAAGUAGAAUCAAACUUCACAAGGUUCAAGCAUCUUAUAGACAAUGGGUGGACUGUGGAUCACAAGAACGCAAAGAGAAUCUGUAUAACCAUCCCAGACUCUGUCGGCUUUUUGAAACUUAUGGAAGUCAACAAGACGGAUGAUAUGAAAAUGAAGGAAAUUGAACAAACAGCGUCACAAAUAGCAUCGUUGAUGAAGAGUCAAACCUCACUGAAACUGACCAAAAAGAAAGUUGUGUUGGAGCAAACGAAGGUGCAGAACUCAAAGCCCGUUUGGAGACCAAUUAAAAGAGGAAAGACUCUUGAAGACCUUGAAUUGGAUAAACACAAAAUAUCGAAAAACAAAUUACUCUCAAGGUCUUUUGUCACGUUGUCUGCUGCUGACAGAGAACAACUGAAAAACUUAAAAGGAGAGGAAAGAACAAAACAGUUGCUUUCUUUUGGAAAAGAUAAACCAAAGUCUCCACGAGCAAAAUCCCCACGCACUGCUCAAAGUGAUGAUUUGGAAAAAUUGAAAGCAAAAUGUGACAAAGCACAACUCCAUGAAAUUGGCUCUCCAAUAGUCGAACCACAAAAAGAUGAAAAAUUACAAGUCGAAAAACACGAAGAAAAAAUGGAAGUCAAAAAAGAGGAGAAAAGUCCAGUAACUCCACCGAAGAAGAAGUCGACCAAAAAGACCAAAAAGGAGAAAAAUUUUAAAUUAAGCACUUUACUUAAUUCAAAUUUUAGUUCACGACACACCUCUGAUUUAGUCUCAGAGCAACAAGAAGAGAAGCCAAACAAUGUAGUCGAACCAACACAACAACAAAAGAAAGAUGUUCAACUCAUUAAAGAAGUUAAAUUCGAAGUACCCAAAUCACCGGAACACUUGGGUUCUCCACGAUCACCAAAGUUAUCUCCAUCCCCGGAGUUUGAUGACUCUGAUGAAAUUGUCAUCAAAAAUUCGGACUCAGAAAGCGCAGAAAAGGUACCAGUUGAUCGUCCCGAAACUCCAACAAUAGAUAAAAAGGAUGCCAUACAUAUUGAGAACCCAUUUGUGUAUGCACGCCCGUGUAAUAUAGAAGAGGUGUAUGACAUGAAAGAGAUGGUAGGCCGUGGUGGCUUUUCUGUGGUUCAUCGAGUUGUCAAUCGUGAGAGUGGACAAGAAGAAGCCUUAAAGGUGAUUGAAAAGGAUUUGAUAGACGACAGAGUCCGCGAGGCUUUAGAGCGGGAAAUUGGGAUCACAAGAAAUUUGAAGCACGAGAACGUUGUUCAAGUAUUUGAUGUUUUAGAGGACGAAGAGUACAUCUACGUUGCAAUGGAAUAUAUCACCGCGGGGAGUUUGUUUGCGCGAAUAAUGAAGAAGCCAUUAAGUGAACAAGAGGGGCAGUGGGUAGGGUAUCAACUUGCAAGAACUCUCUAUUAUUUACACUCAAAUGGGAUAUGCCACAGAGAUGUGAAGCCUGAAAACAUAUUAAUAUCAGACGAGAAGGAACUUAAUAUCAAAUUAAUCGACUUUGGAUUGGCGAAGAACUUCAGAGAUGAAGGACUGAAUACCCCUUGCGGGACUGCGUUGUAUGCUGCUCCAGAGAUCUUAAUGAAGAAAGAAAGUUACACGUGUGGAGUUGAUAUUUGGUGUGUUGGUAUUUCCGUGUUUGUGGCGAUGUGUGGGUAUCAACCUUUCGAUGGCGAUAAUUUGGAGGAGAACUUGCAACAAAUGAGAAUUGGAGAUGUUAACUUCGAUGAAGACGAGUGGGGGGUGAUCUCAGUGGUGUGUAAAAACUUCAUUUUGGGGUGCUUGAAAAUGAACUGCGAGAAAAGAUUAACUGCCGAGACUAUGUUGAUCCACCCAUGGCUCUAUGGCCCUACAGUGUAUGUAAACCCGUACUUCCAAAAGCUCCUCGCAUCGUUUGUGUAA